UAUUCAAAUGUCAUCUCAACAUAAAUUUGAAAGAAAAAAAAAACCAAUCUGGCAGUGGUUCAAGAAAGGUGAUAAGCUUAAUAGUUCACACUAUUUAGCUCAAUGUGAUUUUUGCAAAACAAAUUGCCCUAGUAAACCCUUAAAAAUGGAAAAACAUUUAUUAAAAAAGUGUGAAGAUAUUAGUCAAGAUGAACAUGAUAACACAAAUAAUAAACAAGAAAUUGAAUCUAUUUCAUUAUCUAUUGGAGAAAAAGCAUCUAUUAAUCAUCAACUGCUUAAAGCAUUAAUUUCAGCCAAUGCACCAUUAUCAUUUGUAGAGGAUGCUGAAGUAAUUAAAUUAGUUCAUAUGUUAAGACCUGAAUAUAAGCUUCCAUCUUGUAAAUGGAUAAGUAUAGAUGUUUUGGAUAAUAUACAUGAAAAUAUACAGUGUAACAUUCAACAUUUUAUAUCUAACUCAAUGUUUUUAACAUUAUCCGGUAACGGUUGGAUGAAUGUUUCAAAAAAUAGUAUGCUAAAUUUUAUUGUAACGAAUGAAAAGCAUGAAAGUCAAAUUUUUAAAAUAGAUAAUUAUUCUUAUUUAUGUCAUACAGGUGAUAAUAUAUUUAAAAUAUAUAAAGAAAUUGGAAUGAAUCUUGGUUUAGACAAAUAG